AUGAAGAAUGAAACUUUUAUUCCUAUAAUAGAUGCAUUGAUUCUUCAACUAAAUAAAAGAAAAGAAGCAUAUACAAAGCUAUAUGACAAAUUCGGAUUUUUUUCUGAUAUGGAAAAUAUUGAAGCAAGUGAACUACGUAAAAAAGCAUUAAAGCUUGUGGAGUAUUAUGUUAAUGAUUUAGAAGUAGAAUUUGUUGAAGAAAUCGUUCAAUUUAAAAAGUACAUAACAAAUUUUCCCAUUGAAACUAAAAACAUGCAAGGAAUGUUAAAAUAUCUUAUGAAUAAUCCAUCAUUAAACACAACUUUUCCUAAUGUUGAAAUCGCUUUAAAAUUAUUUAUUUGUAUGCCAUGUUCUAAUGCAAGUGGAGAAAGGUCCUUUUCUGUUUUGAAGAGAGUCAAAAACUAUUUACGGUCAUCAUUAUCAAAUGAGAAAACAUCAGCAUUAUCAAUAUUAUGUAUUGAAAAUGAAAUUGUCAAGAAUAUCAGUUGGACAAGUCUUGUUAAAAAAUUCUCAAAACUUAAAGCUAGAAAAAAAACAUUUGCAUAA